CAAGCAUUUUUGACGUUUGUCAAAUUUCUCGAUUUAUCGAGUUGUUUUAAAUCAAUAAUAUUGUUUAUUUACACAUUUUUCUUGCUAAAAUAUGACAAUAAUUAUCAUAACAAUAUACUAUUUAUGAUAUAAAACCAAUAUUUAUCGAGUGAAACUCAGACAACGUACAUAGACUCCCUGUGCUUACGUGUAAUUUCAAAUAGAAAAACUACAGCAUAGUUAUGAAUAAAAAGCCAAAAAGUGGUCCAAGGAUUCGUAUAACAAGACAAGCUUUUCGUAAAAAGGAGGAAGGCACUGAAGUUAAAGACGAGAGUAACUUUAUUUACACGUGUCAAUAUUGUCGUGUUAAAUUCACACAAAACAGUCAUUUCUUCCGUCACAUGACAUCAAAUCAUCAAGCCCAACAGAAAGAAGCUACUUACGAGUGUAAUGAGUGUCAAAUUAUCUUCACAAAGAAGAAUAUGUUAGAUUUACACUACAGGAAGCGUCAUCAAAUAAAAAGUAAAUCGAAAUGUGAAUCUUGUGCUAUAACAUUCAAAUCUCGUUAUUGUUUACGUCGUCAUAUGAAAUUGAAGCAAAUUAUGAAUGAAAAUUCAUGUGUUAAGUGUCAGAAGAAGUUUACGAAUAAAGAUUUACUUUUAAAACAUGUUAAAAAUAAGCAUACGUUUAAAAAUGCGACAUAUGAAUGUGAACAUUGUACAUUAAAGUUUAAAGCUAAGAAAUCUUUACAAACUCACUUAAGUAGGAUACAUAAGAGAUUAUGAUUAAUGUAAUUUUAUGUUAUUGAGUUUUCAUUGCUAAAACACUAACAAAAACAUUCUCAUCAACCUUUUUUUAUAUCCUAAGGUGACAAACAAGCAACCACCUGAAAUUGCUGAAAUAGCAAAACAACCGCCCAAGACUAACACAGACUGAGGAGGGGAUGCACAGAAAGAUAAUAUUUUCCCUUUCCAUGCAUCCUGUCAUCUGGAAAACCCUACUCUAUGAAAUUGUUACUGUAUAUACUCUUCCAUACUUAUUUGAAUUUUAGCAUUUCUUUUUUCAAACUCUAAAAAAGCAGAUAUGUUUUGAAACAUGUGUUUUUGCAAUGAAAACUCAUUUGUUACCAUACAUUUCAGUUAACUAUUUCUAUUUUGUAUUAAACUAAAUAAUACUCCUUAAAAUAUAAAUAAUUAGGUACAGUCAGCUGCAUAAAUAAAAUGUUUUUAGAAAUUUGUAUUUGAUAUCUGUUUAUAAAAUGUUUAUACAAAUUUUGUCCAUAUGCUUCUAACUAUUUAUAUGUGCAUACAUCAUCAGCUAUAAGUCCCCACUGAGAGUCUCGGAGCCUAACACAAGUCAGUGACUAGGUGAUAGUGAAUGCUGGUUGAGUGCGGGUUGACUUCACAUAUCUUUGACUUUCUCAGAUAUGUGCAGCAUCACGA